CGUUGGGUUUUAGGGUUGAUGAGGUGAGGAAAUGCGAGCGCUAUGGCGAUCGCAGGGGAGGCGCGAGUGCAUUGCGCGAAGAUGGGCGGCGAUCACCCGGUGGUACUCCGAAUCCACAGCGGCGGUGGCGGCGGAGGAGGAGUCCGCAGCUCCGCCGCUGGCAAAGGUACCCGUCCCCCAGGAGGCUGUGCUGGAUGUGCUCUACGCGGCGCCGCGGGUGGAAUCCGGGACGCGGGCGUGUAUGAAAAUGAGGAACAAGGGCAUCAUCCCCGGCAUUGUGUGUAGCCAGGAGGACGGGCACCAGGGCGGCCACAAGCAGCUCCUCGUCCUCAACUCCAACAAGCUCAACCUGCUGCUCAAGAAAUUCGGCCAGAGCUUCUUCAUGAGCCGGCUCUACACGCUGGAGCUGCGCACCGAGCCGGAUCCCAAGGAAGGAGAGCUCAUCUCUCGGGAGAGAGUUCUUCCUCGUCUUAUCCACGUACACGCUGUGUCGGACAAGGUCCUCAACGCGACUUUCAUUAGAGCUCCUCCUCACGCGAGGCUGCGAGUGGACAUACCGCUGGUGUUCAUCGGAGCCGAUGUCUGCCCGGGAAUUCGCAAAGGUGGAUAUCUCAACACGAUCAGGAGAACGGUCCAGUACUACGGUGCUCCCGACUUGAUCCCAAAGUAUAUCGAGGUGGACUUGAGCAAUCUGGAGGCCGGGCAGUCGGUUCGCAUCAAGGAUCUCAACGUCACCCCCGGACUCGUGGUGUAUGCCAUGGAUCCCCGGUGGCCGGUUUGCAAGAUUGUGGGAACCAGGGCCACCAGAGUGGCCACAGCCUCGUGAAACUUCUGUUUUUUUUUUUUCUUUCUUUCCUGUCUUAAUCUUCUGAGAUCCUUGCAAGCUAUCAGCGGUAAAAGAUCUACCGGUAAAAGACUGCUUUAGUUCGAUCUAUCAAACUUCUUUCGCAAUCAAAAGAUGGGAUGGAUCUCACAUGAUAUAAUCAAACAAGCGUUUAUGUGUA